AUGACAAUAUACGAACGGCUUAAUGCCGCGACUUUUUUAGAAUCUACAAAUAUCAAACCAUUCUUUUACCAACAAGCGAACUUUAAAUGCUUUUAUUGCCCGGAAAUAUUCCCUGAAAUACAAUCAGUUUUGCAGCAUACUGCUUUUCACUCUGUGCCAGAUAGGUCAUGUUUGCUAAAAAAAUAUUUAAGAAAAGGUAAACGUGUCAUAAAAGUCGAUAUAUCUGGCUUGACUUGUAAAAUUUGCGAUCAAAAGUACUCUGACCUGGAUGAUAUUAGGAAACAUCUAACAGCUGCACAUAAAAAGGAAUUCAAUUCAGCAGGAAAUGGGCUCAUGGCAUAUAAUUUAAGUAUGAAUAACGGAGUCCUCGCAUGCCAUAAAUGUGGAAAAACAUUCAAUUCUUUUUUUCUUCUCAAUCGGCACAUGAAUGCUCAUUUCAGUGUGGUUUGUGAAACUUGCGGACUUGGCUUUAUAUCACAUCAACGCUUGAUUAACCACAGAAUAGUUCAUCAAAUAGGGAUGCACAAAUGCGACAAAUGUCAAGAAGUAUAUCCAACAAAAUUAAAAUUACGUUACCAUAUAUUGAAAAGGCAUGAAAUAUCUAACGCUAAACGGUCAAAACCGUUAAAAUGUCCUCACUGCUUGGAAAGAUUUGCAGAACAUUACCGAAAAAUGACCCAUUUGAAAGAAGCGCAUGGAAUCACUUUCACAUUCGAAUGCCAAGUCUGUAAAUCCGUUUUUCCUACGAGAAGAGCAUUGACAGAACACACCACAAAACAGCACACCCAAAAAAUUCAAUGUAAAAUUUGUGGUAAAUGUUUUGGAACUAAAUCGUUAUUAAAAAUGCAUAUGCGAGGCCAUACUGGGGAGAGGAAUUUCUUCUGUGGAGUCUGUCAGAAAGCCUACAUGCAUGAGCGGACUCUUCGACAGCAUAUGCGAGUGCACGGACCAGUGUGGAAGUUCACGUGCUCAGAGUGUGGUAAUGGCUUCCAUAACAGGAACGAUUAUAAUAAGCAUAUGAAACAGUGGCAUCCACAGUGGCAGUUCAGAACUAUUGUAAAGAAUUUCGGCAGUGAAAUAUUAAAU